CCUCCUCCAACCAACCAUGUCUAUUCCGAGAAAGGAGCAAAGAAUCCACUCCCGUUCAUCAUCUUCUUCUUUUUAUUCUUCCACUCCAAGCGAAGUCACAAACCCCUUGUUCCCUGUGACACUAACACUUACAACUAAUGGCAGAGGACGGAGCCGCCACGCCCCCAUGGCAGGAGCUCCUGGGCUCCAACCACUGGGCCGGCCUGCUCGACCCCCUCAAUCUCUCGCUCCGCCGCCUCCUCCUCCAGUGCGGUGACCUCUGCCAGGUCACCUACGACUCCUUCAACAGCGACCAGCAUUCCAAGUACUGCGGCAGCUGCCGCUACUCCAAAUCCACCCUUCUCAGCAAAGUCUUCUUCCCCUCCGCCGCCGACUUCUCCGUCGUCGAGUACCUCUAUGCCACCUCCCAGAUCGGCCUCCCCAACGACUUACUCCUCUUCUCCCUCUCCGACGAGGCCUGGAGCAAAGAGUCUAACUGGAUCGGCUACGUCGCCGUCUCCUCCGACGCCGCCGCCCUCCAGACCGGCCGCCGCGAGAUCUACGUCGCGUGGCGCGGCACCAUUCGCACUCUGGAGUGGGUCGACGUCGCCAUGCCCGAGCUCGUUCCCAUCGACUCCAUCCUCUCCUCCACCCAGAAAGGCUCGGCCGAUGAUGAGGAAAUUCCCAAGGUCAUGAAGGGGUGGUAUAUGAUCUAUACUUCAAGCGACCCGCAAUCUCGCUUCAACAAAGAGAGCGCAAGGAACCAGCUCCUGGCUAACAUCAAACAGCUAGUGGAGCGCCACAAGAACGAGAGCGUCAGCAUAAUUUGCGUCGGCCAUAGCUUGGGAGCGAGCUUGGCCAUUCUGAGCGCUUUCGAUAUCGUGGAAAAUGGCCUAUCCAAGAUUGGAGAGAACAGCUAUGUUCAAGUUUGUGCUAUGGUGUUUGGAAGCCCACAAAUUGGAAACAAGGCCUUCAAUGGCAGACUGGAGAAGUUGCCCAAUCUUAGAGUGCUGCAUACCAAGAACAAAAUAGAUUUGAUUCCAAAGUAUCCUAGUGGGUUGUUGGGCUAUGCGUACACUGGAGUGGAGCUGGUUGUCGAUGCUCGGAAAUCGCCGUAUUUGAAAGAUUCGAAGAACCCGAGCGACUGGCAUAAUUUGCAAGGGAUUCUGCAGGCCGUGGCGGGGUGGAAUGGAGAGGAUGGAGAGUUCGAGUUCAAGGUGAAGAGGAGCGUAGCGCUGGUGAACAAGUCGAGCGAGUACCUGAAGGAUGAGUACCUUAUUCCGGGGUCGUGGUGGGUGGAGAAGAACAAAGGGAUGGUGCUGGGCGCCGAUGGGGAGUGGUAUUUGGCGUCGCCGGCGCCGGAGGACUUCCCCGUCCUGCCUUCUUUCAAGGCGGCUGGGGAUGUCGCGAGCACGGCUGUUGUGACUGACGGGAAGCGGGUUUCAGUCAAUAAGAGGAAAUCGGGUUACGGAAAACGGUUCGCUUCUUGCUUUCUAUGUGUUCGUUGAUCAGCGUUCGAUCAUGGCUUAUGGGGCGGAUGCUCGAGGGAUUCAAUGUUGUUUGGCGUCUGGUUGUGGCUUUGGAAUGGAUCGUUCUGGUUCCUUGGUGGCUUGUUUGUUUUAGUACUUGUCGAUGACGUAGUGAUUUGGAUAUUGAAAUGCUCCCAAAGUGGAGGUUGCUGGUUGUUUUA